ACAAGAACGCUGAUUAUGACAACAAUAACAUUAACUGGAAGUAUCAAAUUAUUUAGUUUAAUAGCUUUGAUAGAGAAACUAAUGAUUACUCCCCUCGACCAAAGGUCAAACCGAAAACGAAAGCAGAGUGCACGAGAUUGUCGACUGUCGACAACAAAUAUGAAUCCGAUUUUGGAGUUCUUUUCUACCCUGUUGUUGGUAAUAUAUUACUGGUUAGAGGCAAUAGUUUUAACUUUCAUACCAGCCAGUUUAAGAGGGAAAAGUGUUGCUGGAGAGACAGUGCUUGUCACCGGAGCAGGCAGUGGAAUAGGCAGGUUGUUGUCCAAAAGAUUUGCAGAGCUAGGGGCCAGACUUGUUUUGUGGGACAUAAAUCAGUCUGGUAAUGAAGAGACUGCCGAACAGGUCAAGGCUAUUGGAGCCACCGUCAGGACAUACACUGUAGACCUCAGCAGCCGGGAAGCAAUCUACAAGACAGCUCAGCAGGUGAAAAGAGAUGUCGGGGAAGUGGAUAUUCUUGUUAACAAUGCAGGUAUUGUCACUGGUAAGAAGUUCCUUGACUGUCCAGAUCACAUGAUUCAGAAAACCUUUGAAGUCAACACCAUAGCUCAUUUCUGGACUUGUAAAGCAUUCCUCCCAGGAAUGAUCGAACGAAACCACGGACAUGUCGUCAACAUCGCAAGCUCUGCUGGGCUGAUCGGGGUUAACGGACUGGCCGACUAUUGUGCCAGUAAGUUUGGUGCUGUCGGAUUCGAUGAAUCACUUCGAAUGGAACUUAGCAUGCAGGGCAAAAAUGGAGUCCAAACAACAGUGGUCUGCCCUUACUUUAUCUCAACAGGAAUGUUUGAGGGAGCAAAAACCAGAGAAAUAAAGGUUCCAUUUUUCAAGUUUCCUGCCAUUUUGCCCAUUCUGAAGCCAGAGGAAGUAUCCCACAGGAUCGUAGACGCAGUUCUGUGCAACCAGCACAUCAUCAUGAUUCCUAGGAUUAUCUAUAUAUUCGUGCUGCUAAAGGGGAUUUUCCCAGUUAAAGUAUCGGAACUUCUUUCAAGAGUCUUUGGUGCUUCUAAUUCAAUGGAUGAAUUCAAAGGACGAGCUGCAGCUAAAUUAGACUAAGUUGAAAAAUGCUAAUUAAUUAGUAUGAACCUCUGACUAUGUGAUUAAAAGAAAAA